GGCACUACAGCGUCGCGGCAGGGGUGUCGCCACGACGUCUCUUGCACCCUCCGCGAACAAUUGAACAUCAUCGCUUAGCAACCGGUUUUCGCUCAACACUUACGCGUCCAAGAUUUGUCAUGAUGAUGACCUAGGGUAGUGACCUAGUGACUGUGUCCAGAGUGCGUUGUGCUGCAGCCUCUCUAAAGAGACUGUUGCUCCUGGGGCAUGUCAUCAGACACCGGUUGCAGUUGAACAAGCUUCACCUCGUUCCAGCAUUAAUGAAGAGACACAAACGGCCAUUCAUCAGCCCCACUCCCUUUGAGCAAUAUGACCACUCCUAAGCCCUCGGUCAGCACCUUGCUGCCCGUAACAGGAACAUCUCCACAGCUGAGGGCAAGACAGAACAGCACACCUACUGUAUCAUGGAUAACAUCAACUGGAAUUACCCCGAAGACAGCUUUUACAAGUACCGCCACACCAGGAACCACCUUAUCAGGUGUAACGUCGCCUGGAACUUUCUUAAACCUAACACAUAGGACAACAAGUGAGGUGUUUUACAACGGUACUGGUUAUUAUAUAGAAGCAGAGGAAGAGCUUGGACUGAAUGACUGGCAAACUCUCUUCCUGGCCUGUGUCAUCACUUUAAUCUCUUUGGUGUUUAUUCUUUUAGUGGUUUUUGGAAUCAGGGUUGCGUGGAAGAAGUACAGAAAAUGCAAGCACAACUCUCAGUAUGAUGGAAUCAUUCGACGUGAAGGCACUUCCGAGUCGCUAUCAAGGCCGUUACAUUCCCAUCUAACAGAUAAGCUCAGUUGGAAUAAAAUACAAUUUCAAAGUGAAGCACAACAAAUUAACUGUUCUCCGUAUACCAGUGGGUACACUUGUUAGAAGACUAUUCGAUCUGAGCUUCAAGACGUAAGGAAGCAGAUGUCGGCGUAUGACUUCCAGAAUAGCUCAGGAAUGAGACCUUUUCUGUUGAAAAUACCGGUUGCGAAUUUUUUACAAAAAAGUCAGUCAUUCAUAGGCUAAAAAGACAAACGAUUUCUGGCAGUCAGAUGUACUCUACGGCAGCACAGUCGGAUGAAAAUAAAAUUUCGAUGUGAAGCAUAUCAAAUAAAAUUU